CUCUUCUACUGGCUGUGCGCCGCGCUGCGCCUCCUCCCCGCUUGCGUCCUAGCAGCGGAUGGGAGCGCAGGAACCGCGCGCACCACUGUUCUGCGCAUCGAUGUCUCCAGACACCCGCCGCCGGCCCGUUUGGUGAGACCGUGGCCGAUUUCGGACGCGCAAAGCCACGCAAGUCCUGCCCUGAAUUCACAUUUGUUUUCCUCUUAUUUUGCCCAGCGCAACUCGCAUGCGCAUUUUCGAUGUGCGAGCAGGAAUUGGGAAGUAAACACGCCGGCCUGCGCUCAUGAUCCCUGGCAGAGGGGUGGGGGGAGAUUGAUACCUCGCACUGGGGAUUUUUCUCCGAUCGCAAGUUGAGCGGCCGUGUGCUCCAAUGGCGUCAGUUUCGAAGGUGUCUAUCCUGGAUUACUUUAAUAUUGUGUUCGAAGGUGAAAAUGGCAAAAUCGAGUCCAACUGCAAGGCUUGCGGCACGAGGAUCCAGGCGAAGCGCAGCGUCACGUCCAACUUCGUAACGCAUCUCAAGCGGAAGCACCAGGCCAUGUAUGAUGACUUUGUGAAAAGGAAGGACAUGAAGAGAGAGGGCUUCUCCUCCGGUUCUGCGCACAAUUUCCCCACAAACGGGGGGAACACCCGCUACACCCUCCCCAUCAGCACUCGCGUGGGAGUUGGAGGAGGAGGAGGUGCUGGAGGAGUGGGAACUCUAGAGGCUGCAGCAGGAGGUGGCUCUGGCGGAGGGGUGACCAAGUUUGACAGACACGACCCCCGUCAGGUCCUGAUCUCCGAGGCCAUAGCGAAGAUGAUUGUGCGUGAUCUGCAGCCAGUGUCCAUAGUGGAAAACCAAGGCUUCAGAGAGCUGCUUCAGCUCCUGGAGCCGCGUUACACCCCGGAGCCGCAGCACUACAUCAACAGCCAGCUCCUCCCGGCCUACGUCUACCAGGCGCAGCUGGCAACCCGACAGGCACUGGCCUCGGCGCACGCCCUCAGUCUCAGCCUGGAUCUCUGGAGGGGCUUAGCUGGAGCCACUUCAGGGUACGUCGGUGUCACCUGUCACUUUCUCACGUCCGAUUGGCAGAUGCACUCCGCUCUGCUGGCGUGCCUUCCCCUGACCGGAGGCAGCUCUGGGAACCGCGUGCUCUCCGAUUUUGAUGAAGUGUGUCACUCGCACGGCGUGUCGGGGAGAGCAUUCCGGGUGGUCGCGGACUAUUUCCUGGCAGCGGCAACGACAACAGCGGCAAAGCCGUGUUGUUUACCCGGUUUCCUGGUUGAACCCUCUCUUGCUAACGGGCAAAACGAAGAGGGCGGGGAAGAAGUGGACAAUGGUACCAACGUGGAGGGAGGGAUCCGGAAUGGUGAUGGACGAGAGGAAGAAGAGUGGGAGGACCUUUGGGCCCAGGGCCUGGGUGUCUGUCGCGUGGACUGUUUCUCUCGCUCUCUUGAACAGUGUGUCAGAGAGGGGUUACGCUCCUGUCCGCAGAUUACCUCCACGCUGUCCAAGGCGGCCUGUUUCUACAACUACAUCACCUCCGCCGUCCCACCUGAGAAACUCAGCCAAGUGUUUAAUGGUCCUGGGUUGAGCAUGAGGGCACCAGGAAACUCCCCUCCUGUAGCAAGAGACUGGGCUGCUCAGCUCAAGGUGCUGCGUCGGCUGCUGGACUCGGUGGAGUUCCUGGAGGAGGUGAGCGGUCCAGGAGAGGCGGCGCUGGGUGCUUCGGAGAGAGGCCUGCUGAGGGACCUCACCGACACGCUGGAACCCUUCACUGAGGCCUGGGACAUGGUGCAUGGGGACAGACAGGCAGACACGCACACGGACCGACACGUGUCCAUCAGCCUGGCCCUGCCUUGUGUUCUCGGCCUUCGUAAGCACCUCUCUGAGACCUCGACCCCGCACUGCCCCUCUCUCCUGGUGGGCCUCAGCCAGGCCGUAGAGCGCCGGUUGGCGCCUGUCCUGGAGGACCCUCUCUACAUUACCGCCACCACGCUGGACCCCCAGUUCAAGCUCACUUGGAGCAGCAACCCUGACUGGCACAGACAAGUUCUCGUAGAGGAGUUGUCCAAACAUUCCGCAGGCUCCGGCCCCACAGAGCCCCACACAAACCUCCACCCUCAAUCCCAGACCCCUCCUGCUGCAGCUCCCUCACCGGCCUCCUCGCUUUCCCGGCCCUGCAAGCUGUUCUCUUUCAUCAAGCAGAGACCCACAACACAGGCCAAGAGCCUGGAGCAGGAGUUGGCCGUCUACCUACGAGAGGAACCCACGGACGAGGAGGCUCUGCACUACUGGCAGCGUAAAGCAAUCGACUUUCCUUUGCUCGCUCACGUGGCCAAGAGGGCGUUCACCAUACCUGCUUGCGGCACCGCGAUCGAGAGCAUUUUUACGGCCGCAGAGCGCUGCCUGCGGCCGGAGAUAGGCCGCGUCUUGCCAAAAAACCUGGAGACGCUCAUCUACCUCAAGGCAAACUACAGAUUAUUAUGGACUUAAAGCUAGGGAGCGGAGCUUUUCUUUUACCUAAAUAGCAACUGAAGACUUUAUAAACACAGGAAAUGUUACUUAUUGGAUACUAACCUCUUCAAGGUUUCCUCUCGAAGGAAACUGGGCCAGCAGCAUAGCGUGGUACUCAUGCUACACAUCGUUCAAUGUGAAAUGGAAUGAUCUAUCCAUGUUAUCCAGAAUUUCAGUUGUCCUUCUAAAGAGACAGUGCGGAUUUCUAUCUGUUAACCAUGUAGCCUGAAUACGGGCUUUACUACUACAUUCUGCAGGCCAGGAGGACUGGGAGCAGAUCAAUACUAAAGCAUUUACUUUGGCCUUAUUUCUCCUUAUAAAGGUCUUCAGAUAACCCCAAGACCACCAAGCCUCGGCUCUCUUUAAGUCUCAAACAGAGCUUGUGUUUGUGCACAAGCAUCGCGCCGAGAAUAACCAAAUAGUACGUCUUUGCAUAUUGUAGCAGCUGAUUUGUUCUAACUGAUAUAUAAUAACCCGAGAUGUCUGAACCGUCAGCUGCAAAACAGUAUAUUGGUGCAUCAUCCACUUAAUCUUUUCUCUUUCUGUAUGUAUGCCUCAUCACCUCAUCAUAAUAAACAACUUUCACUUGCUAACGCA